UUGAUCCAGUGUUGGGCCUGCCCCUUGACAGAUGCUUUCAGGCAGAGGAGAUGGAGUUCAGGGGCAUAGCACUGGGUACCUUGUCAGUGCCUUUUCAGGUAUUUGGGAGGCUGCGCUGCCUGUGCUACAGAUUCUCCAGGAGGGACUUGAGAAUCACAGGGACAGGAGACUUCCCCUCGGCUUGUUUUAACAAAGAAUUCUGGAAUUAACCUUGUGGAAGAGAGUGAGGAACUGUGAGGCCAACAACCUGGAGACAAUGUGAUUUUCCCUGAGAGCAACUAAAAAUGGGAAAGUAGAGAAGAUCCUAAGAUGCAUACCAAAGCAGCCAUCAACACUGGAUGAAAUUCUGAAAGUAAAAACCAAAUGAAGAAAAGGUGCAAUGGUCUGAGUAGAUUGAUGUGACCAUCUUAGGUUUUUUAAAAAGACAUGUACAGAAGGUGGAAGCAAGAGCAGCUGGGACCUUCAAGUCAAAUUCCCAUGGGAUGACAUUCUGUGUGUCCUGAAACCAAGGUUCUCCCAACUUCUGACGAGUCAGUGCAGACUUGCUGCCUGUUGUGCCAUCGGGAGCGCAAAGACUGGGGAGGCCCUUCCCACAAUGGGGAGAGGCUCCCACCUGACUUUGUGCCAACGAUCGUGCAGAACCUGCUGGGAGAGAUGCCUCUAUGGAUCUGCCAGAGCUGCCGAAAGAGUGUGGAGGAUGAGGAAAGGAAGGCCCUUCAAGAACAGUCCCUGGCGGUCUCAUUAUCACACACGUCGUGCAAGUCACAGUCUUGUGGGGGUGGCUCCCACUCCUCUUCCUCUUCUUCUUCCUCGUCAUCAUCGUCCUCCUCCUCAUGCCAUGGGAACUCAGGGGACUGGGAUCCCAGCUCGUUCCUGUCUGCACACAAACUCUCAGGCCUCUGGAACUCCCAGCAGGCUGGCGGUACCAUGCAGGGCCCCUCGAUUGGGGGCCCUCCUGCUACACCUGGUGAGGCCUUCCACUCCUCUGAACAUCACCGGCACUCAGACCUCACCGCCCCCCCCAACAGUCCCACUGGCCAUCCCCAACCACCAGCAUCACUGAUCUCUGCUCACCCAGGACCCUUUGGAUCUCCACCCCAUGCCCACCUAACCCCUACUGCCCAGGCAGCAUCUUUCCCCACACCUGUCCCCAACAAUCAUGCUCCAGUGCCCAAGACACCUUCAGAGUCACCUGCCGCUGCUGCUGCCAUUGCUGCCCCACAUAGCCCAGCACCAUGUAAGAGCCCUCACCUAUCCUCUGCCAACAUGCCGCUUCUGAAGAUGCCUCCUCCACUCUCAGGGUGUAAUCACCCCUGCAACGGGCACUGCACGGGGUCUCUGGUCCCUCAAGCUGCCUCACAUCAGCUUCCCAGCACUAACAGAGACCCUGGAUGCAAGGGGCACAAGUUUACAAAUGGUACUGGCUGCCACCCGCCACAGUCAUGUGAUGCAGAUGAGGGGCUGGGAGAGGAUGAGGACAGCAGCUCAGAACGAAGCUCCUGCACCUCAUCCUCCACCACUCAGAAAGAUGGGAAAUUCUGUGACUGCUGCUACUGCGAGUUCUUUGGACACAACGCGCCCCCUGCUGCCCCGACCAGUCGCAACUAUGCUGAGAUCCGAGAGAAGCUGCGCUCACGGCUGACCAAGAGGAAAGAGGAGCUGCCCCAGAAGAUGGGCCUGGCAGGGAGUGGCCCAGGCGAACCAGCUGUGGACCAUCGGGAUGUGGAUGAACUGCUGGACUACAUCAACAGUACUGAACCCAAACCCCUCAACACUGCCAAGGCAGCCAAGCGAGCCCGUCACAAACUGAAGAAGAAGGAGAAGGAGAAAGCCCAGCUGGAAGCUGAGGGCUCUAAGCGUGCUGAUCGCAGCUCCAUGGCUGGUCGGGGUGCAGAACCAUCAGGGGAGAAGCUCUUGGAGUGGCCCCAGCUUGAACUGGAGCGGGUCAACAGCUUUUUGACCAGUCGCUUGCAGGAGAUCAAGAAUACCAUCAAGGAGUCCAUCCGAGCCAGCUUCAGUGUUUAUGACCUUAAUCUGGAUGUGAAUGACUUUCCUAAGAAGGCAGCCAUGCUAGAGCAGAGGGACCUGCUUUCCCGCCUCAAUGGCUCAUCUGACCUGCAGGAGAUUGGCCUAGAUCUCUCACCUUUGACUUUGGGUUCCUCCCAGAACCACACACUACACUCCCCCAGUGAUCUGGGCCCACCCCAGGAUGAGAGAGUGCCUCUUCCCCCACCUCCCACCACUGAGAAUGGGCUGCUUAAAAGACUUAGUGCUGUGCCCAACCUUUCCCGGAUGAUCUGGGUUCAGUCCCCAAAGGCUGCUGACACAGCCCCUGAAGGGCUGGGCCGGAAUGUGAAGGAUGCAGUCUCCAUCAAUGGGCCUGAGCUCCCUGAGCCGCCACCUGGAGGAGGGGGUAGGCAAAAGAAGAAUAAGAGGCAGAACAGUCAGGCCAAGAAGAGCGAGACAUAUGUAGUACCUGGGCAUCAGGCCAAGCUGGAGAGUCCCCCAACCAAGGGACAGGCUUCAGGAGCCAGGCAACCUGCCAAGGGCCCGGAGACCCCAGAAGGGCCCCGGGGGAGCCGGUCAGGACAGAACUGGACUUGGAGCGCCAAGGCUGAGAAAGGAAGCUUGUGGAGAAGCCGGAAGAGUGAGGCCAAAAUGGACAGGCCAGAGCAGGAAUCCGUGCAGCCUCCUGGCCCAGGCCAUGGGCCACUUGGGAGCCCAGCCGGCCUGGGAGCCUCACCACAGACCAAGGGAAAGCACAGGAAGAACCGGAACAAGAUGGAAAAAUCUACCACCUCUCUGGAUGAUGUGUUCCUGCCCAAGGAUGUUGAUGGAGUAGAGAUGGAUGAGACGGACCGGGAGGUGGAAUACUUCAAGAGGUUCUGCCUGGAUUCUGCAAAGCAGACUCGUCAAAAAGUGGCUGUGAACUGGACCAACUUCACCCUCAAGAAGAUCACUUCCAGCGCAGCUCAGUGAGAUUCUCUCUUUUCUACCCUGGGAUGAGCACUGGAAGUUCCUAGAGCUGUAUUCCUAAUUUCACCAUCAGUGGUGGGGUGAGGAGCCUUUACAGAGUGCAGCAAGAAUCUUGAGUAUCCUUUGAGUGAGUCUGGCCACUUUUCCAUUUAGAGGACUUAGUCUGUCCACAGACUCCUGAGCGUCCCUCUGGGCAAUCAGAAUUGUUCCCUACACACUUGAGCCAAUCCAGGAUGUGGAAGGUUAAAGGGGAUCGAGUUUCCGCAGACAGAACAAAUACCUGUAGUCUACAGGGAGAGCCCUUCCUCAGGAUAGACAUGUACUCGCUGAUGAGACUCAGUCCUUUAUGAAAUUCUUCACUUUUACAAAUUUCUCCUUCCCUUCUUUCCCCUGUUCCCCAAGUUCCCUUCUAGGAGGGAAUCAGGUAGGCAAGAUUAAGGAAUAGACAGGAGCAUAAAGAACACAGGCUCAGAAUUACUGCUCUGGCUUUUCUCCUGGUUUUCUUGUAACUCUUACCCAUAGGCUUAUGGGAGCUAGUACCAUGUGCCCCAAUCUUCUCUUGUGUUCCUUCCCCAAUCUUGGUCCUUUUCCCUUGGAUCUGUGGAGCCAACAUUCCCAACCAGCCUUUUCUGGGCUAGUUGGCUGAGUGGCCUGAAACUGGAAGGCAAGUUCCCUUUCCUUUUCCCCUUCCUCCUCUCACUUAGGUAUGGAGAGCUGAGCAGCCAAGGUUGUUAAUACCAGGUGCUUAUACUUAUCUGGAAAUGUCUGGGAAUGGGAAGCUGGAGAAACAGGGGUCAAUGUAAUAGAGAUCGAAACACCUGUGUGGAGCAGCAAAAUUUCAGGGCCUUGGAGCUCCAUAGCCAGAGGUCAUGUAGCUGCUGGGGCCGGCCACCUCAGAGGGAGAAUUGCUGGGUUCCUUCUUCCAUCAGAGAAGACAGAAGCCUGGCAUUCAGCAUGAUGUGCUGGUUCUGCCACAACCAGGGGGAGCAGAAUUUAGUGGUGGUAGUGCCCUCUUGCCCUAAGGAGGACUAGCUCUUGUAGCAAAAAGGACCCUUUAUACGCACCCACUUUCCUUGAGGCCUAGAAUACCUUUUGAAUGAACCCACUAUAAUCUGUCCUGUCCAUUUCCUCCCAGGCAUGUGUUCUCCCUCCUGUGAUUGGGGAAGUGGGGAUGGGGAUUGAAGGCAAUCCAGAUAUCCUGAUGAAUGUUUUUGAUUUCUUUUUGUAACCCAAGGAGCGGAAAUGGCAGGCAGGCCUGCUCCUGUUGCCAUGGUGAUCACGGGGUGGAGGUGGGGGUAGUGAGGGGAUUGGAACCAUUCCUGAUGUAUGUUAAAAGCCUGAACUAUGGAACAGGAAGAGAAGCUGGUUGUGUUAUCACCCUCUUUUUUCCCCAGCCCCUGCCUGGUCCACACUGAACUAUUCUUCUCCAGGAUGGUCGUAGCUCUUGGGUAUUGGCUGAAUGUCUGGAGAGAAAAUACUCUCCCUCCCCUCUCCUGCCCUCACGGUGGCUCUGUCAUUCAUACCUGUCCACUUGCCACUUGACCACCUAAGAACCCCUCUUCCCGGAUGAACCAAAACCUGGAUUGACACUGAGCUGUGAUGGAAACAAACUCUGGAUCUUCGAAAAGCCGAUUUCUGGUGCUAGCCAGCCUCCGUACUUGGAGCCCGGACUGGGACGGGCUGCUCCCCCAGGGCACUGUGGGGCGAAGGAGCUGGUGGAAUUGCCUGCCCAGCGCUUCUCUCUGUGUUUGGUUUUUUUUUUAUUCUUUACUUUUGAUACUGUGAAGAUCUUUCAUGCUGAAAGAUUAAAUGACAU